AUGGAGAAAUUACUCGCUUCGAAUGAAUUUCAAAUUAAAACAUUUGACAAUAUAGUUGCAAAACUCAAUGGCCAAGAGUACCCUGGUAUUCUUGUUUUCACAAAUGGGCAUUUUCUCCAUUAUGUGGAAAAUACUGAUUCUUUAACAUUCAGAUUCGGACCUGACGAUCUUGAAAACGAAGCUUUAUCCAAGAAAUCUUCAAAAGAUGUUCCACUUACAGAAAAAAGUCAAUCCAUGCUUCGAAUUUUUAAUAAUCAAACAAAAAGAAAUAUAAUACUUUCAUUUAUCGGAACAACAUGUAAUUCUGAUGUUGAUCAGGUUAUUGAACAAUACAAAGUUCUUAAAAGUUCACCUCCUCUUCCUGUAGACAACGUUGUUGAUAAAUUAAAAGAAGUAAUUCCUGAAGAACUCUUACUAAACGAAAACAAUGAACUAGAUCCAAAAUAUGCUAAAGAUCUCCUUAAAAAUAACCCAGUUCUCGAUAAUCUUAUGCGAACUUACCCAGAACUGCUGGAAGAUGACUAUUUAGUAAACUUCCAAAACCAAAUUAUUGCAGGGAUGUCUACUGGAAGGUUGCUUCCACAAAAUAUUGCCGAAAAUACUAAAAAAGAAUUUGCAAAAGAGAAAAAACUUAAAUUUAAGACAGGAGACUUGAAUUUGGACAAUCAUUUAGUCUCGCAAAUAUUCAGAAAGCAUCCAGAGAUAUAUACUGCUUAUCAAAACCUUGUUCCUUCCAAAAAAUCUGAAGAAGAAUUUUUCAGAAAAGACUUUAUACAGCUUUUAAAGGAUGCAAAAGCUAAACCUACACCUCCAAAGCCAGCAGCCCUUGAAUCAGACCUAACACACGGUCAAGGUUUUAUAGAAAAAGUCGAAAUCGAAGGAGAAGAGCUCAAAAGCCUCCAAGCGUAUGCCGAUGCUAUUUCUGUUGGAAACAAAUACGAUUCAGUUCAAAAUACUAUGGAAGUUCUCACAAAAACUGAAAAUGAAAUCCAACAAACCGAAAAUCAGCCAGAAGAAGUUAUCCAAAUACCACCACAUGUAAGAUAUCAACCAAGUGAAGAAGAAUUGCAGCAAUUUAAUGAUGCAAUUUUAGAAAUGAAUCAAUUACUUGCUGCAUCAUUGAAUAAACAAGUUGAAAUUGAUCAAAACACAUGGUAUAAAGCACUAGAAGAUAUGACACCAGAUGAUGGCCUCCAACACGUAUUUGUUGAAUCAGAAGAAGAUGAAAUUCUCCAAGUUGCCAUCAGAAAGGCAGAACUCCAGAUAUUUGCUCAUGCUUUCUGGCAAGCAGUCAAUACUCAUAAUGAAGAGAAAUAUAAAAAGCUUGGAGCUGCAAUUGAAAAAAUUCAAUCAGUUGUGAAUCAAGAAGCCAACAAUUCCAAGCUUAAAUUCUUAUUUAAGGAUUUAGAAUUCAUGUUUAGACCAAUUUUGGAAUUUAUGCACAGAUAA